CUGCAUGCGGAAUGUUCGCAGUUUAUUGUGUGUCCUAAAUUUUCAUUCUUAACCUUCGUCGCCAAAUUCAUUUACUUGUAUACAUUAAGUAAAUAACUAAUUGUUUAUUAAUAACAAUACGAUUUCGCAUCAUCGGUUAUGUAUGAUUAAGCAUCUAUGAGUUUUGUGUUCAUUAAAAUAUUUUAAACAAAAAUUUUUCCAUUUUAUAAAAAGAACGUCUUGAAAUUAUAAAUCAAAUAAGUUACUGAAAAUUUUCAAUGAUAAAAAAAAUUUUUUAUUCAUCUAUUUUUAUGAGUAACUACUAAAUAUUUUUGUUGUGUUUAACGCCAGAUUUAGUGUUGCGUGUUGUAUUGUGGGAAACAGACGUCGUGGAAAAUCUGCAUAUCACGAAGUGGUGGUUUAUUGAACGAGGCACCAUCAGACUGGAUACAAGUUGCGAUAAUCUCAUUGUUAUUCACGUCAUAGUGAAGUUAAAUGUGAUUGUUAACCACGACGUUGACGGCCAAGUUCGCGCUAGUGAACAAAUGUACAAUGUCAAAGUGCAUUUAUUAAACAUCAUAUCAUAAUUAUUUUAAACGUAUAACGGAAGGGACUAGUUUUUGGUUGUUGUUACUACGAUAAGUACCGGUUAAAACUUUAGCAGUAACUUUGAUAUUAUCAAUGAAACGAUAAGAAAGCUAUAUUUAGUCUAAACAUGCUGUUAUUCGUAUAGUUUUGUUAUUUUAUUUUACAUUUUGAAUAGUUAUUCAUUCAUGGGAAAUGAUAUUUUGCGAUAAAUUAAAAUAUAACGAAAUUUUUGAUAAGAUUAUUGGUAAAAAAGUAAUACCGCGGAUUUAAAACCGUAAAAUGAAAGCUCCACUAAUUUUAUUUGGUGGUAUAAUUGUUCUUUCUCUUGCGGUUGCGAGAGCACUUUCAUGUAUUUGUUCACCAUUAGAAUGUGACGUUCUUACUGAGGAGGAUUGUCCUGGGGGACUUACUUGGGAUCCUUGCAAGUGUUGUAAAGUUUGUGCUCGCGUUGAAGGUGAACCAUGUGGUGGACUUUUUGGGUUUUCUGGUCGUUGUGCCGUUGGACUACAGUGUGUCAUUAAAAAUCUUCGUCCACCUGAUGAAUUGGAUGAAGGAAUUUGUUCGAAGAUACCUGGAAGGUGGCGCCGACAUUGUCCACAUGGUCCUAAAAUGUCCGGCCCGGGAUGUAAUCUCAUAGGCGAUGAUAUAUUUAAUGAUAGUAAUCAUCCGGGAAAUGCAGGAAGAUGUGUUUGUGGUUCGUCGGUGCCUUGGUGUCCAGGUGAACCUCAUCCGUAUGUAUUUGCAACACGUCACGAAUGUAAGCUGAAUUUGGCAGCGAAAAUAGCGUAUGAUGAUGUCAUCAAUGCGCCUGAACAUCUGAAACCAGAGAAAUGACACCAUAAAGUAGAACUGGAUCAAGAGUACGAUUAAAUCGGUCUAAUGGAUAAUAGGUUGUCUCAUCUUUAUAGCUGAUCACGAAAAGACGAUAAUAGUGAGACGAGUUUCAGCAGUGUGUUGUCAUGUGUAGUACACAAACUCAGUUGUUCACAGCAGUCUUAAUUGCACCAUCGGCCAGUAAUUAUGAAAGUUUGUUAUAUUAGUGUAUCGUGGUGUAGUGUGCCACAUUUGGGCUCGCAGUGUCUCCUUUAUUUUUAAAAUAUAAUGUGAGCUGGAACAAUUAAUUCAGUAUCACGUCCUCUCUUUAAUUUACGAGAAAGUGAAGAUAUAACAAAG